AUGACUUGGUUUGAUGGAUUCAAAGUAUGUGGGAAAUAUUUGCUUGUUGCCCGUUUAGGUUUCCUACGUAACGAUUUAUGUGGGAAAACUGUUUCCGUAGGAAGCAUGCAGGAUUUCUAUUUAUCUCAUAAGCACUGUUUUACGUUUCAGAAACCACUUCACGAUUCUGAAAUUGAGAUCCAGCUGUCACAGUUACUUUGUUCAUCGGAAGAAGAAAACCUUGAUGAUGAAGCAGUUGACUCUUUUGCCACCAGUAGUUACAAUGUCGAUUUAGACAAGCGUUUGGAUGAGAUUCAAGGUAUUUCUGUCGAAGAAUUACAUUCUUUACUGGUGGGAGAAUCAGAUUUGUCUCUUAUCCAAGAUGAAACUUUUUUGAAUUCACCAGUUCAACAGAUUUUUAAGCCGAUUCUUCCUCAAGUGGCUUCAACUUCACAAGAUGCAAUCGCUGAAGUCCAUGCAGGCCCUUUUCAUGUGAUUUCGGAUGUUCCUAUGCUACUUGAUCAAAAUCCUGGUGAAACAACCUCACUUGUUUCUGUAGCUGAUGUCCAGGCAGACCACUCUUCCCCAGUACCACUAUUGGCAGAGCCUGAUGAAAGCUCUAAUGCAGAUCCAACAUCUUCUUUCUCUAGGGAUAAAUUCAUUCGAUUUCAAAAUAAAUCAAGAGAUUGGUCUUUUGCAACUGAUGAUAUUACUUGGCCUAUUUUCGAGAAGAAAAUGCAGAUAAAAAAAAAUUACAAUAAUAGAAGUCAACAACUGGAUUAUUUUCUUGACUUUUUCCCUGAUGAGUUACUUUAUAUUAUUGUUGAAAAUACAAAUAUUUAUGCAAGACACAAACAUUCAAAAGCUUGGACCGAAGUUACAAAAGAAGAAAUAAAAGCAUACUUAGGAGUGAUUAUACUAAUGAGCAUAAAUCCAUUAGCAGAUAUAAAUACUUAUUGGUCAACUGAUGAGUUUUUCAGAAAUCCUGUUAUUUGCAAAGUAAUGCCCUUAAAAAGAUUUAAAAAAAUAACACAAAAUCUCCAUAUAUCAAAUAUUUCCACAGAAGCUCCACGAAACUCACCAGAUUAUGAUAAAUUGGGUAAAAUUAGACUUUCCAUUUCAAUCCUAAACAAAGUUUUUCAAGACAAUGUUUAA